AUUCCUCCAUCAGAGCGAUCCUCUGACCACGUCCUCGACCACCUCCGCACACUCAUUGACGACCCGCCAGCAUGGCGCGCCGAGCUCACGUCCCUCGACGCCGCGGGCUACGUCCCCGAGAUCGUCUUUGUCGACGCGGGGCUCGUGACGACGCUGAAUGACAAGAACCGCACGAACUUCCUCGACCUGUUCCGCGCGGUCGCCGAGUUCGACGGGUACCGCGCGGGGACGCUGAUGGUGGAGCGCUGCCGCACGCCGCAGCUCGCGGUGGACGCGGAGAUGUUCGCGCUGCGCAUGCAGCACAUCGUGUUGAACGUGAAGCGCAAGACGUUCUCGCUCGGGCAGAUCAAGAUCUCGGACAUCCUCACGGCGGUGCUGCGCGCGGUGCGCCAGCACCACGUCAAGAUGGAGGCGGACUUUGUGAACACGGUCAUCUCGAUCCUGCUGCUGGAGGGCAUCGGGCGCCAGCUGGACCCCGGGCUCGACCUGUUCAAGAGCGCGCUGCCGACGGCGUCGCAUUGGGUGUUGCACUGA